UGUUCCUCUUUAGGGCUUAUUCGUUUUCUUCUUCUCUAGGGUUUUUCUCUGUUCAACGCCAAACUUUUCUCCCAAAUUCUUGAUUUCCUUGUCUUUAAAGACGGAUGUGAGAUCAAGAUCACCCAUUCUUCUGCCAUCUUCGAGGACGGCUUGAGACGGGAAAUGAAUAUGGAGGCUCGAGUUAGUGUGGUGGUCGAAGGAGGCCAGAAGGCUCUUAAUUCUGCUCCCGGCGCCGUCGUCGACGGCGGCGCCAGGAAAUACUUACAGCAACAUACCCAGAACAAGCCGUCUUUGAACCAGCAGUCGCAGAUUGGCACGGUGCAGCAGCUUCUUGCUGGUGGUAUCGCCGGUGCCUUUAGCAAGACAUGUACGGCGCCUCUUGCUCGCCUCACUAUCCUCUUUCAGGUGCAAGGUAUGCACUCUGAUGUUGCAGCAUUGAAGAAAGCCAGCAUAUGGCAUGAAGCUUCGCGAAUUAUCAAUGAAGAGGGAUUCCGAGCAUUUUGGAAGGGCAAUUUGGUCACAAUUGCUCAUCGCCUACCCUAUUCUUCAGUCAAUUUCUAUGCUUAUGAACGAUACAAGAAGUUUCUGCAGUCAAUUGUUAGGGAAAGAUAUCAGGGUAAUACCAGCGCAGAUCUUUUUGUGCAUUUUGUUGGUGGUGGUUUGGCUGGAAUAACAGCUGCCUCUGUUACGUACCCACUGGACCUUGUUAGGACCAGACUUGCUGCACAGAGAGAUACCAUUUAUUACAGAGGCAUCGGGCAUGCAUUCCAUACAAUUUGCAGAGAAGAAGGUUUCUUUGGCUUGUAUAAAGGACUUGGAGCUACCUUGUUGGGUGUUGGACCAAGUAUAGCCAUCAGCUUUUCAGUUUACGAGAGCUUGAGAUCAUUCUGGCAAUCUCGAAGGCCUCAUGACUCCACUAUAAUGGUCAGUCUUGCUUGUGGUAGUCUUUCCGGCAUAGCAUCAUCAACAGCAACAUUCCCUUUGGAUCUCGUGAGAAGAAGGAUGCAAUUGGAAGGUGCUGGUGGUCGGGCCCGUGUUUAUAACACUGGUUUACAUGGAACAUUUAAACACAUUGUGAAGACAGAAGGUCUUAAAGGUUUGUACCGAGGGAUUCUGCCAGAGUACUACAAGGUUGUACCAAGUGUAGGAAUCGUCUUCAUGACAUACGAGACUCUGAAAACAUUUCUAUCACGAAUGCCCCCCAGUUCAUAGUUGCUUUCAAAUGCCCAAUUCUUCGAUUUGAGUGCUUAUUUGAGUCACUGUAUUAUUUCCAGCUUGUAGUAUUCAACGAAGAACAAACUGAGAUCCAUAGAAAUAGGUUACUGGUCAAUAGGAUAAUACUUUAGAGUGGUCAAUUUUUAUUAUUUUUUUGAGGAAUUUUGUUGCAGUAAAUUUUUGCUUUUUACUGCCAGGAGACGAUUAAUAUUUUUAUCUUGUACAGGAAGAGUUAACCCAAAGAGUUGCCAGUUCUGAUACCAUUAAAGGUUGACAUUGUAUUCAUUAUCUCAAAGAGCUACAUUGCCUUUAUUAUACUGAUUAUCAUUCUUCGUUAA